UGUUAAGUGAAUAAGUGAAGUCUUAUGACCAAUGACCCAACUUAGAAACCACAAUGGUUAGAAAAAACUUGAAACAAAACAGAAACAACGAAAGAAGUGAUUGAUCCUUGCACAGCAAGAAGAGCUGUCCCAUUUUUGAUUGCGGCCUUCCUCUUUCAAACUGACCAUGAAGAUGAGGGCGAGCCAUUCCAUUUCCCGUGCUCUACGGCUGGUAGUGCUUUGGUUGUCUCUUCUAUGGGUUUCUUCUUCUGCUUCUUCUUUCAUGCUACCCUCCGUCAUCUCCUUGCGUGCUGGAGUGUUGCAUGCCCCUCCCUUUGCCGUGGUAGAUACCACCACAACUGGUACUAGCACUACCAAGUUUAGUGGCUUUCAAGUGGACAUGUUGCACCGGCUCCAAGCGUUUGCCGCACAAGACAAUGUCACACUGGAAUUCACACUUUCCCAAUCCCCCACCCAAUACGCCGAUGCCUUUGAUCUCGUAGCCAGCGACUGUCACACCAUAGCAACAAUCAACAACAGCAGUCGCUGCGACGAGUUGGACCUCAUCGUGGGUGACUUUUACGGCACCGACGAACGAUCCAUGCGAGCAGACUUUACUCCGGCGUGGCUGCGCACCACCAUGUCCACCGUCAAGUAUCUCGACAAGAAGUCGAGAGACUUUACCACUUUGGCGGAUGCGGCAGCCGCGGAAGCCACCGUGUGUGUGCAAGAUGGGACCUACAUCAAAACCGUGAUACAAGCACGGUUUCCACAGGCCAACUACACACUGUGUCCCUCGCUGGAAGAUUGUUUUCAAGCGCUCCAGAACGAAGAAUGCGUGCUCUACGUCGACGACGAACUGGCUUUGCGAUACCGUGCUGCCGUGGAUCCAUCUCUAGAGCUGACUCGGGAACAGUUCAAUUCGCAAUAUCUCAUGUGGCCCAUGAGAGAGGACUUGCCGCCACUUGUGGCCAAGCUGAUCAAGAAAUGGAUGUAUCGAGCCAUUGGGAAUGCCACCAUGGACCAACUCUACAAGACGUACUUUGAAAAACACACGUGUCCCCAUGGGACUGCCGGGGAACACUGUGAACUCCCCUGUGACCCGGACCAUGGCACGGCCGAUGCCACGGGGGCGUGCAUUUGUCAUUCGACCAAAUGGACCGGGUUCGACUGUUCCAUGGAAGUACCCGAAGAGCUCAACCUCAUUCCAGAGUCACUCGUGAGGACGGGCUAUGCCUUGGCGGGGAUCAACGUUUGUCUCGUCCUAUUCUGUGCCGUCUGGUUGUGCUGGCAACGACGGAGAGCGCAAGUGCAAAUGGCACAGCCCUCGUUCCUCAGUCUAAUCCUCCUUGGAUGCUUGAUAUCCACUUCUACAAUCAUUGACAUGGCACAACAAGAUGCCGGAGAUGGACCUGUCUAUGCUUGCAUGGCAAUUCCAUGGGGAUACAGUGUGGGCUUUUGUAUUACCUUUGGAGCGCUCUUUGCCCGCAUCCGCAGAGUCUACAUUCUCGUCAAGUCAGCCGCCCAAAUGAAGCGAGUCCGAGUGUCCGUCAUGGAAACGUUGCAGAUUGUGGGAGGAGUUCUUCUCAUUGAUGUGUCCAUUCUGGUCGUGUGGAGUGUCGUGGAUCCUCUUCGCUGGAACCGGCAAAUCAUUAGUGAAGAUCAAUUUGGUAAUGCACUCGAGAGCGUGGGGAGUUGUGGUUCUGAGCAUUGGGCCAUCUUUGCGGGGAUCAUUGCCGUGUUUCAUCUGCUCCUCUUGUCGGGGGCAUGCUACAUGUGCUUUGUCUCGCGCAAGAUUCCUGAUCGAGUGUCCAAUGGCAAGUUUGUGGGCAUCGCAAUGGUUUCCAACUUUCAGAUUCUGCUCUGUGCCGCUCCCAUCCUGCUGGUUCUGGGGUCCGACCCAGUCGCCAACUUUGUGGUACGCAGUGUGGCUAUCUUUAUGAAUGAUUUUGUGGUCGUCUGUUUGGUGUUUGGUCCACUCGUGUUCAAGGUCAAGCGAUUUGACCAUCAAACCCGACGUGCCGUGAUCAGAAUAAACAGUCAAGAACCCAUCAACGAUGGAAUCAAACACUAUGCCCAACGAGUGGGACGGAAGAGGACAGAGAGAGAACGUCGAAGGCUUAUGGAGCAACGAGCCAAAAGAGUAACGGAAGUUACGGUGGUGGAAACAUCAGCGGAGCCCAUGGACCAGUCUUCGGAACAGGCAAGAAGUGAAGAUGGGCUAGAAGGUCAUGCAAUGCCUGAACUCCUGCCAUCGGAGGCACAAGACCUUUCUAUGAAGGUCGAAGAAGAUGCUCUAGCAGAGGAGGAAGAGGAGAUUGUCUUCGAGAGUUUGUCUUCAGAAAGUAUUGAGGAAGGGCUCCUAAACAGCGAUGACGAGGAAGGGAAUGGAAGCCUCUCUUCUUGUCUACUGGAAGAUUCUGACCCAAAGGAGCCUCUUGCAGACUCUGGAGACUGCAUGUACUCGUGCACGGCUGAGUUAGAUGCCUCUUUUGAGAGCGAAUCUUGCAGUGUUCCAUCCGACGAUAUCGAGGAUGGGAGGAACAAUGACGACGAAGUCCAAGAUUCCUGGGCAACUCCAACAGCAAGGGAACCGUAGACAUUUCGGAGAUGGGGGCAGCUACCGCAUCAAAACGGGGCGACCAAGCAAGGGCAGGGGACUCGCUGGUGCAUCCUCCGCGAUGCGCAAGUAGGAACAUACUUCAUAUGACAAGAUGCAAUAGGUAGUUUCAAGUUUUGCCGUAUUUUUAAAGAGAAGAGUUAAUGAAGUGU